AAAAAUCCAAAACAAAAUACGAUAAUCAGGGACUAUUUUUUGUUUAGUUUUUAAAAUCUAAUAUUUAAAGAAAAAAUCACACUAUGCCAGUGGAUUUUGUAGUUCCCGCAGGGAACUACGAGGUUCGGAAACGGUUUCGACAUUUGGAAACUCAGCGAAAAAAAUAUCAAAUGCCCUGGUCUAAGAGUGUACUCGACUUGGAGCACCAUAGACUUUUCGGACGGACCGCAUGGGGAUGGGCAAGAAUCAUUUACUUCUAUCUAUUGCUAUACCUUUUUAUUUUUUUGAUCUUGGUUAUUAUGAUUACAAUUUUCUACUAUAGCUUUUAUAAAGGUAAACUUUCGCCUCAAAUUCUAAAAGGGGCUCCUGGUAUAUCUAGAUUUCCCAAGCCCGGUACCAUUAGGUUCAACCCAAACAUUCUAGAAGACCUAUAUUUCUAUGCAGACCAGAUAGAUAAUGUUCUAUACAAAUUCGAUACAUUCGGUCCACAAAAAUUUGUUGAGUGUAAUAAAGACAAAUUAUGGGGAUAUCAAGAAAAGUCUCCAUGCGUAAUUAUCAAGAUCAAUAAAGUAUAUGGAUUCACUGCCGAAACUUAUGACGAUGUCGAAAGCCUGCCGAAACAUAAACCGGCCAUAUUGGAAGAGACCGUUAAAAAAUACCCUGGUGGUAACAAGAUCUGGUUGACAUGCGAGGCGACCAAGAAAAUGGAUUUCCAUUUUAUUCCAUAUCCAUAUUUUGAUGCAUCAAACGAUUUAACGUAUCUCGAUCGCGUUGUUGCCGUACAAAUGAAGAAUAUACCACCCAAUGAAGAGGUUCGUGUUACUUGUAAAGUUUGGGCAAAAAAUAUUGAUAUUGCUGAAAAACACUCUGGCCAUGGUCAUGUCAAGUUUUAUCUGAUUAUGCAUGUCAAGUAAUCAAAAGAGAUUUAUUACGAAUUUUACAAACAUCCGAUCUUCAAAAGUCAAUGGUGCAUGCAUAGCAAGCUAGAGUAUAUACAUAUGUAAAUAAAAUUGAAAUAUCCACUAAAUUAUGAUAACAUUUCAAUAAAAGAUCUUUCUACCUAGA